CUUCGAGCUGCAUCAUUCGGGUCUGCAGUGACUAACCAAAGCCAAAGGGAUAUACCAGCUUUUAAACUACGAACCGCCAGAAAACUAAAAAAAAACCAUCUAUAACCAUGCACAAGAACACCAUUUGGUACGGAGCCGUGCUCUUGGUCGUCUACUACACCGUGGUCUUUUGCGAGGAGACGGAGAACGUCGAGCCCCCGGCAGAAGUGGAUAGCCAAGCGGAGGACAGCUGGGAGAAUCUCGGCCGGGAGUUGAUGGAGUUCGAGGGACGCACACGCCGCCAUCGCCACCACAUGUUCUGGUAUCGUCACCUGUGGCCCAUUGCCAUUGCCUACUGGAUCAAGGUGAAAGUGGUGAUCGUGUCCUUCUUCGUGGGCAGUGCCAUUUACUUGGGACUCCGCUAUUUCUGGCCUCAUGCCAGGUGCAACCAGGAGAUCAUCCUGGAUCAUCCUCCUUCGUCUUUCUCCCAUCACGAUCACAUUCCCUACUCCCUGGAUCACGAUCACUCGGACCACUACGAUGGCCCCACUUCCUAUGACUCCAGCUCCAGCUUCGAGCCCUACUCCGGCUAUAGCAGCUAUGCCGGAUCGGACAUUGUGUCCGAUGUGCACAGCGACUACCACAGCGAAUCUCCCUCGGGUCCCGCUGGCCCACCAAGUGGCCCAACUGGCCCCGUGGACACCCGUCGUCGGGGCAGACGUAGCACUGGAGAUCAGGCCCAAUUGAUGCAGGAGGAGGAGCAGUCGGAGCAAGUGGAGAUUGUGGACGAGGAGAUCUCAGAGAGUGUGGCCCGCCAAAUGCCCGCUGAAGAGCAAAUUGCCGACUUUAUGUUUGCCUUCUUGGGUCUGGACUCCAAGGCCUGCCGUCGGCGCUUCGUCUGCGAAAUGGAGUUCCGCUCCAAGUUGAAUCCCAUGACCAGCAUGGCCUUCCGCAUUGUGGGCCGUGGCUUCUUUGAGAAGUACACCAACGCCAGGAAUCCGGAGGCCAGGGCCACCAACUUUGGCGAGUGUGCUGCCGUCAAUCCCGAGUGCAUAUUCGUGGAAAACGGCGAGGAGAACCCAGAGCAGGAGGAGCAGCAGCCGGAAGAGGAGCAGCUGCAGGCAGCCACCGAGGAGUCCGCAGCAGAGGAUUCCCAGAACGAGAUCAACCUGCAAGCUGAACGGCGACAUGCCAAGCACAAGAAUCGCAAACUCGGCUCCAUUGCCGAGCACAUCCUGAUGCACUAGAAAAAGCCGAGCUUAAUUAAUCUAUUUAUUUGUAUUUAUUUAUUUUAGCUAUAAGAGUGGAUAACGAACACAAAAUAAACUUGCCUCAAAUCUA